UCUGGCAACUUUUUGGAGGCGUUUCGGUAUUAUGGGCGGGAAAGAAGGCCACCAAGUAAUAUUAAAUAAAUAAUAUAGGAAAAGCCUGUAAAGAAUUAAAAAUAAUAUAAUGAGGGAUCGUGACCGCCGCGACAGAGAUCGUGAUAGGGAGAGGGAUAGAGAUCGGGACAGAGACAGGGAUAGGGAGCGAGAUCGCGACAGACGCCACCGCUCAAAGUCGCCCGCCAGGAGCAGCCGGCAGAGCUCCAAGUCGAAGAAGAAGUCCAAGUCCAAGAAGUCAAAGAAGUACUCCAGAAGGAGUCGCAGCAGCAGUCGCAGCUCCUCGCGCAGUUCAUCCAGCAGCAGGAGCAGUUCCCGGAGCAGGCACAGCAAGAGCAGGAGCAGGGACCAAAACAAAUCUCGCUCCGCAUCCCAAAGGACCACCAGGGGACCCAGUUCCGAGAGCAACUCCAGAUCCGCAACCACGCCCGCUGCUGCCGCCAUAAAAGCCAUCGAUCUGCUGGACACCAAGGUGCAGAAAGCACUGGAGACCAUAGAUGAGGACACCUUCAAGCCGACUUCCUUCUUCAGUUCUCGGGACUCCAAGGAGGCCUCCGAAAAGGUGAUAAUAGACCUGAACAACGAAACGGUCACAGUGCCCAAUAAGCCAGCCGUAGCAGUGCGAAACGAAGAUGUAAUAUUCCAUCCGAACUUCCUUGGCGACCCAGAUAUAAAAGCCGAGAAGUGGCUGCGCAAGCUCUACAAUUACCGCCAGAAGUACAUGCAGGAAUAGUCGAGUUCAGACUCUGUAUUUAAGAAACAAUAAACCUAUGUCUAGAAUA